CCAUAGUUCGUUGGAUCAUGGCUUGGUGGCAAAGAUUUGGAUGUCGCUAUUAGCUUGCAGCCUAAGGUCAACAACGUAACCAACUUAAUUAUAUUAAUAAUAAAUCAUCGUUGCUGUAUAAAUUUUCGCUCAAAAUUGAGUAAACAUGGGAAGUACGGAUACAAUACCAGCUGUUAAAAAAGUGUUAAAUGAAAACAAUGACGUUGCCGAAGAAUACGGUCAAAAUUUGAAAAUAUUGCCACGUAACGAUCAAGUCAAGGAGUUGCAGACAAUUUUACGCGAUAAAAAUACAUCGAGAAGUGAUUUCAAGUUCUACGCCGACAGAUUGAUUAGAUUGGUGAUUGAAGAAAGCUUGAACCAGUUACCUUUUUCAAAAUGUGUAAUAACCACACCAACUGGCGCUGAAUACAAAGGUCUGAAAUACCAAAAGGGAAAUUGCGGUGUUUCUAUAGUGAGGAGCGGCGAGGCAAUGGAGCAGGGUCUUCGAGACUGCUGUCGUAGUAUAAGGAUCGGCAAAAUAUUAGUCGAGAGCGACAUGGAUACACACGAAGCUAGGGUAGUCUAUGCGAAGUUUCCAGACGACAUAUCUGACAGAAAAGUCUUGUUAAUGUACCCCAUAAUGAGUACUGGUAACACUGUGAUAAAAGCUAUAGCUGUCCUUAAGGAACACAAUGUUCAAGAAGAGAACAUUAUCCUUUCCAAUUUAUUCUGCACGCCCUUCGCAGCAAAAAGUUUAGUUACUGCCUUCCCACAGAUGAAAAUACUUACGUCUGAAAUUCACUAUAUCGCACCAAACCACUUCGGACAAAAAUACUUUGGUACGGAUUAAUAAAAUAAAUUGCCCAGUUUGAUACCCAACACAGCUAAGAAGAGAAAGCUAGCAAAUAGAAAUAAAACUAUGUAAGGUCAUAGGUGUUCAGUCCACGAUAAAAACGCUUCGCCUUUUUUGGAUCAAUUAUACUUAACUCAGUUAUUACUACUUUAAAAAAGUAUGAUUUUCAUCUGUUAUAAAAGAAAACCUGUUAAGAAAUGAUAUGGAAUUGCAUAAUUCGCGCGUUGUUUUUAAAUAGUAGCAACGUUCUAUGAACAGUAUUACGAAGUAUCUGAGUGCUGCCGGAUCUGUAACCUAACGAUUUUAUUUAUUAUGUAUGCUUUUUUUAAAUAUAUUCAAUUUUAGACCG